AUGCUCAGCUCGGGGCGCCGCCGGCCGCCCCCUCCGCGGGCCAUGCGGCCUCUGCUGCCGCUGCUGCUGCUCGGGACGGCGGCUCUGGCACAGCCGCCGGACCCGUCCCCCGCGGGCACGCAGUGCCUGGAGCACGAGUGUUUCGCCGUGUUCUGGGCGUCCCGGCCCUUCUCCGACGCCAGCGAGAGCUGCGAGCGGGGCGGGGGACACCUCAUGACCGUGCGCUCCACCGUGGCCGAGGAGGCGAUCGCGCUGCUGCUUCAGAACCGCAAGGGGCGGCUCUGGCUCGGGCUGUCGCUGUCGCCCUCCUUGUCCUGCACCGAGCCCAGCCGGCUGCUCCGCGGUUUCCGCUGGGUCACCGGCGACCACAGCACCGAUUACACCAACUGGGCGCUGCCGGGGCAGCGCUGCGGCGAGCGCUGCGUGACCGUGUCCCGGGAGCUGGGCUGGGAGGAGCGGCGCUGCGAGGAGCCGGCAGACGGCUUCCUCUGCCAGUACACCUACGGAGGCAGCUGUCCUCACCUGGCCUCCCAGCGCGCCGUCCCUGUCACCUACGCCACCCCCUUCGGCGCCCGCGGAGCGGACUUCCAGGCACUGCCUCCGCGCAGCGUGGCGUUCGUCCCUGACCUCGGGCUGGAGCUGCGCUGCGAGGAUGGGGACGACGCGGGGCCGCGCUGGGGCCGCGACACCCCGGGAGCGUGGCCCUGCGAGCUGGGCGGCGGUGGCUGCGCGGGGACGUGCGCGGAGGAGAGCGGGCGGCCGCGCUGCUCCUGCCCCGAGGGCACGGUGCUGGGCCCGGACGGGCGCGGGUGCCGCUCGCCCUGUGAGGGGGCGCAGUGCCAGCAUCACUGCGUGGUGGCCGGCGGCUCCUUCUUGUGCAUGUGCGCCGUCGGGUACCGGCUGGCGGCCGAUGGCAUCAGCUGCGAGGACGUCGACGACUGCACCAGCGAGCCCGGCCCGUGCGAGCAGAAGUGCCUGAACACCCAGGGUGGCUUCGAGUGCCAGUGUCACAGCGGCUACAGGAUGGUGAACGGGCACUGCCAGCGCCUGCCGCCCUGCUGGGAGGCGCCGUGCCAGCAGCGCUGCGAGGAGCUGCCCGACGGCUACCGCUGCGGCUGCUUCCCCGGCUACGCCGUGGACCCGCGGGAUGCCACCCUCUGCCGCCUGCACUGCAACGCCACCGAGUGCCCCGCCGUGUGCGACGCCGAAGGGGCCUGCGAGUGUCCCGAGGGCUUCCUGCUGGACGGCGACGAUCUGUGCGUGGACAUGGAUGAGUGCGACAGUGGUCACUGCGAGUUCAACUGCACCAACACCCCCGGCGGCUACCAGUGCCACUGUCCCCCCGGCUACUACCUCCUCGGCCUCGACUGCAAACUGGACGGGGAUGGCGAGGAAGCGUCCUCGGGGGAUUUGGAGCCCGAACUGCAUGACCCCGUCCCCAGCCGGCCCCCGCCGAAAGAGGAGCAGCUGCACCCCGGGGUGCUGGUGGGCAUCGCGGUGAGUGCCCUUCUGAGCCUCCUGGCCCUGCUGGCUCUGGGAUUCUGCCUGGCCAGGAAGCGCUGUCGUUCCCACGGCUCUAUGGAUUACAAGUACAGCGGCCCCCACGAGAAGGAGCUGGGGCUUCAGCCCGUCCCCUCGGCACAGAAGCCGUAGGGA